CGCCUACCGGUAUUGCCAGCGCGGCAGUGGCGGCUUUCUCGGUUCGGUCCAGCCGGUCUUGUAAGGUACCUGAGACGGAGAAAGGGCGCGGAACUGGAAAAGGGUGAGUCAGGCACUGUCUACGCGAUAAAGGGAGGCGGCACCGCGGCGUAGAGCUGAGUUAAGUAAGUGCGGCCCCUGCUUAUUCAGGGACGCCGCGAUCUAGCGCCAGCGAGAAGAGGGCGAGGAGGAGCCAGAGCCCGGUCCUUGCACCCAUUCUCGCCCUCGCACCCCGCCGCCAUCUCCAUCAUGCAGUCCCGGGAAGAAGCUCCGCGCUCUCGCCGCCUGGCCAGUCCCCGCGGCGGGAGGAGGCCCAAGAGGAUUUCCAAGCCUUCAGUUUCGGCUUUUUUCACGGGCCCGGAGGAGCUGAAGGACACGGCUCAUUCUGCAGCUCUGCUGGCACAGCUGAAGUCUUUCUACGACGCGCGGCUGUUAUGUGAUGUGACCAUCGAGGUGGUGACACCUGGCAGCGGGCCUGGCACCGGCCGCCUUUUUUCCUGCAACCGUAACGUGCUGGCUGCCGCGUGUCCCUACUUCAAGAGCAUGUUCACUGGUGGCAUGUACGAGAGCCAGCAGGCGAGCGUGACCAUGCAUGAUGUGGAUGCCGAGUCCUUCGAGGUGCUGGUCGACUACUGCUACACAGGUCGCGUGUCGCUAAGUGAGGCCAACGUGCAACGCCUUUACGCGGCCUCUGACAUGUUGCAGCUCGAGUACGUGCGGGAAGCUUGUGCCUCCUUCCUAGCCCGCCGCCUUGACCUGGCCAACUGCGCUGCCAUCCUCAAGUUCGCUGAUGCCUUCGACCAUCACAAGCUGCGAUCACAGGCCCAGUCCUUCAUCGCCCACAACUUCAAGCAGCUCAGCCGGAUGGGUUCAGUUCGGGAGGAGAGUCUGGCAGACCUGAGCUUGGCCCAGCUGUUGGCCGUGCUGCGUCUGGAUAGUCUAGACAUAGAGAGUGAGCGGACAGUGUGUCAUGUAGCAAUGCAGUGGUUAGAGACGGCUCCCAAGGAGCGCGGUCCCAGCGCUGCGGAAGUCUUCAAGUGUGUCCGCUGGACACACUUCAGAGAUGAAGAUCAGGAUUACCUGGAAGGGCUGCUGACCAAGCCCAUUGUGAAGAAGUACUGUCUGGACCUUAUCGAAGGGGCCCUGCAGAUGCGAUAUGGUGACAUGUUGUACAAGUCUGUGGUACCAAAGCCAGAGAGCAGCAGCAGCUCUAUUGUAUCUGUAGCAGAAAAUCCACCUCAGAGACUGGGUAUGUGUGCCAAGGAGAUGGUGAUCUUCUUUGGACACCCUAGAGACCCCUUUCUCUGCUAUGACCCAUACUCAGGGGACAUUUACACAAUGCCAUCCCCUUUAACCAGCUUGGCUCACACUAAGACUAUCACCUCCUCAGCUGUCUGUGUCUCUCCAGACCAUGACAUCUACCUGGCUGCCCAGCCCCGGAAAGACCUGUGGGUGUAUAAGCCAGCCCAGAAUAGUUGGCAGCAGCUUGCCGACCGCCUGCUGUGUCGCGAGGGCAUGGAUGUGGCCUACCUCAAUGGCUACAUCUACAUCUUGGGUGGGCGAGACCCGAUUACCGGCGUUAAAUUGAAGGAAGUGGAAUGCUACAGUGUUCAGAGAAACCAGUGGGCACUGGUGGCUCCUGUGCCCCAUUCCUUCUAUUCCUUUGAACUAAUAGUGGUUCAGAACUAUCUUUAUGCUGUGAACAGUAAGCGCAUGCUGUGCUAUGAUCCUAGCCAUAAUAUGUGGCUGAACUGUGCUUCUCUUAAACGUAGUGACUUUCAGGAAGCCUGUGUCUUCAACGACGAGAUCUACUGUAUCUGUGACAUUCCGGUCAUGAAGGUCUAUAACCCAGCCAGGGGAGAAUGGAGGCGGAUUAGUAAUAUUCCCUUGGACUCAGAGACCCACAACUACCAGAUUGUCAAUCAUGGCCAAAAGUUGCUUCUCAUCACUUCUACCACCCCUCAGUGGAAAAAAAACCGGGUGACUGUUUAUGAAUACGAUACCAGGGAAGACCAGUGGAUUAACAUAGGUACCAUGUUAGGUCUUUUGCAGUUUGACUCUGGUUUUAUUUGCCUCUGUGCUCGCGUUUAUCCUUCCUGCCUUGAACCUGGGCAGAGUUUCAUUACUGAGGAAGACGAUGCACGGAGUGAAUCUAGUACUGAAUGGGACUUAGAUGGAUUCAGUGAGCUGGACUCAGAGUCAGGAAGUUCAAGUUCUUUUUCUGACGAUGAAGUCUGGGUGCAGGUAGCACCUCAGCGAAAUGCACAGGAUCAGCAGGGUUCUUUGUAAAUAUUUUGAAUCACUAAGAUGUUUCUACUGCUAUGGAAUGUAUCUUUAAAAGAUAUCCUUUCCUUUUCCAAAAAAAAAAAAAAUGUUGAUUAGGACUGCAGAUUUGGUUUAGAAAGGGUUAUGUUUGAAUUAUUAAUGUAAUGUUACAAAAUUUUAACAGUCCAGGAGAUCAAACUAUAUAAUAAUUUACUGUGCUAAAAGUUGAGAUUAAAAUAUGCAAAAAACAAACUAUAUAAUUGAUUAGAAUGCUUGGUGGUUUUUUUCGUUGUUUGAGUAUUUGUUGCACCAGUGGAUUGUUUUGGUUAGUUACACUGUUUAUAUUUUAACGAUCUACCUUAGUCUUCUGUUAACUUCAUAAUUCUGUUUAGUGCUGCAAGGAAUUUAACUUUUUAAUUUUCAUAGUAUAAAAUUGGACUAGAAGUUGUUUGUAGGGAGUUGAAGGUUUAUAUUUUCCUUCAGAGUAAUGAAAGUAGAUUUCCCAAGUUUUGAACUAGCCAGUUUUUAGUAUUAUAAGUUAAUAUAGUUUGUUCAAUUUGGUUUGGUUUUCUCCUCAAUGCAAAGGAAAAAAUCGGAUAUAUAUAGAGGUUAUAAAAUAGAGAUUUCGUUUUGAUAAUGUGCAGAAUGGUCUUAAGCGAUCACAGAAAGUAAAAAAAAAAAAAUCAGGAUUCUACUGUUUUAAAAGAAAUUUCACUUUUAAUUUUGGAAUAUAAAAUGUAUUUUCUAAAAGUGACCAUUUUUUCUAUCUUAAAAAACAUCCAUUCUGGUAGUGUCACCAAUUAUUUAAACACCCUUCUAAACCAAAGGAAAAAAAAGAAAAAGAAAAAGUAACUUGCUUUGUAAGAUCAUAUUUUUAAUCUAUCUCUUGUACAUGCUUCAUUGAAUCAAAGGAACAUCCUUUUGUUCACUGGACAUAUGCUUGAGUAAUGUAAAUUUUUAUCCAUUGGUCAUUCCUAGUCUUAAAAAGUUUAUAUGCUCUCCUAAAAUAUUUUGGCUGUUCAUCUUAGAGGAUUCUUCAGCAGGAAGUGAUUUAUUCUUUACUGUUUUUGUGAGGUAAUACUGGUUUUGAAAAUACGUUUAAGCUAAAAAGAAUAUUUUAUUGAGAUCAGUGGUUGCUGCGUCUAUCAACUCUAAAAUCAAGUGCCAGCAGAGAACUUUAAAACUUUAAGCUGUGUAUGGAGCUGUUUUGUGUAGCAUUGAAAUGUUCUAUCAAGUUUUGUCAGUCACUGUAUAUGAUUAUCAGCUUGAAGGUAUUUUUGUAUUAAAAAUUGACAGUUAAAGAACAUAAGUGGAUGAUGGCAUUUGGGGCCAAUAGUGAAAGUAUGUUUCCUCUAAAAUAUUUCCCUAGCAGUGGUAUAUAUACAUGGUUAUUUUAUUAGGGUAUUUCUCUGUGAACCAUGCUGCAGUCUUUGUUUUUUGUCUCUUUGUUUGUUUUUGUAUCACCAUAAAGUAAGGGAAAAUCCAGAAAUAGAGACUAAAUCACACAAAAUUGAUCUUGUUAAAUACAGAGAAAUAUAGGUGCUUACCUUUUGAGGGUCUCUUAACACAUAUGAUUGUCACAAUGCAUAUCCGUGAUAAAUGGUGUACAUAAUAUAGAUGCUUCUAGCCUAUAAAUUUUUCUAUACCGUCGUAGAAUCCUCUUUCUGCAUCUUUGUUCCACAUGUUAAUUCCUCUUCUGUUUAUUCUCUAGUAGCCGAAUGCCAGCAUUUUUUACACCAUGGCACAGUACUGAGAAGUGUGCUCCAGGAUAGGGAACCGAAUUUUGAAUGAAAAAAGAGAGGGAGAGAGAAAAGGAUUUAAAAAAACAAGCACACAAAUGUUUUCUUAGCCAUUUUCAUUGGGCAUCUGAAGAGUCCAUAGGACGUUCCUGUUUAACAUUAUUUCUAGUGAAAUAAGAUUCUUGCUCUAGCAAUAUGUUCCUAAGAAUGUCUUCCCUCAAAACAGUAAACAUGCUCUAGUGGCCUAAGGCUACUUUUUGUUCGUUGUGAUAUCAGGGAUGUUGUUAUAAGCACUGGUCUCAGCUUAGAAAGCUGUUUCUUAAUAGUGUUAUUUUUUGGCCAAAUUUCUUCACCAGUAACUUCUUUUUGAUAGCUUUUUGUUUUGUUAGGUUGAAGUAGGACAGUGCUGAUCUCAACCAGAUUAUCCAUCUGCAGAAUUAAGGUAUGCAACUAAUUGAUACAAGACAAAUUCUGUAAUUUGUCAUUUUCAUCCUUCAAGUUAAGUACAAGCUAAUUAGCAGUAAUAUCGUGGUUUACAAAGAAGUUUUUUGGGGGAAGAAUUUUGGUUUCGUGAUAUAUUUGUGAAUUAGGGAAUAGAUGUUAACCAUUAUUUUAUAGAUAAGUGAUUUGUAUAUGGUUAGUUACAAAUAAAAAUGGCACUAGAACCCAGGCCUUCUGAACUCUUAAUUUAGUGUUUCUGAUAAAUGUAGAAUACCCUUGCUUGUGCAGCAAGUGACCCAGCUAGCAAUGUUGAAGUCCCUUCUUGAUGGGAAAGCAACUUUGUCUCAGUUUUACAAUUAAUUGACACACCUUUUAGCAAAUGCUCAAUAAAAUAUUGUUUGCAGGGGCUCUUCUUUGUGAGAUUUAGAAGGAUCUUAAUUAUUUUUUUGUAUCUCUAUGUCUGAAAAGCUCAGAGAAUCCAAAUUAUUUUACAUACUUCAAGUGAUAAGUGUCAUUGGCAUUUUCAGAAGGAUAAAAGACUAAUUUAGCAAAUAAUUUGCUUAAUUUGGGUUUAGUAUUAAAUUUAAAUGAUAGUUCCUUUCUUUCUCAUCUAGUUGUAAUGUUUUUUCUGCUUUGUACAUGGACCUGAUGAAUGUGUCGAAAGUUUUUGACUCAUUGCCCAGAAAAAUGUACAUGUUCAUGUUUUCAUAAUUUUAAGGGUGUUAAGACACUUCUGAAGUUCUUCCACACACCCAGGAUAAGAACACUUGUGACAGAGUCCCAAGAACACUUCUACAAAAGGAAUUUACAUUUUUUUUCACAAGGCAUAUUGCUCAAAUGUUUGUGAGGGGAGAAGAGCAUUAUUAAGUCAUUCCCAAAAUAGAGCUAAAGAGAUAUUAUAUACUUACUAUCUGAAAGGGAUGUGAAUAUUAAUGGGUACCUCACAACUGAGACAAAUUUGACAUUUCUGCAGUGCAAAUUUCUUCAUGAUGAUUAACACAAGAAUAGUUAAGUAACUAUUGGGCGCCUGCGUGGCUCAGUUAAGCAGCCAACUCUUGAUUUUGGCUCAAAUCGUGAAUUCAUGGUUCGUGAGUUAGAGCCCUCUUGGGCUCUGUGCUGACAGCUGUGGAGCCUGCUUGGGAUUCUCUAUCUCCCUCUCCCUUGCCCCUCCCCUACUCGUGCUCUGUCUCAAAAAUAAAUAAACAUUAACAAAAAGAAUAGUUAAGUAAAUGUAAGUGGUGUAAAGAAAUGAAUAGAUGCUUAUAGCCUGUAAAUUUUUCUAUACCGACUUAGAAUCCUCUUUCUGCGUAUAUGUUAUGCAUAUGAUUACUAUCUAGGACAACUGUGUAUAACGAGAAUUCAAAACAAAAUAUAGGUUCCAGAUGUUUCAAACUGCCAAUAUCAUAGCUUUUUAUUAGACAUAUACCUAAGUAGCAAGAGUUGUUUAUCUCCUAAUGACCAGGUUAAUAGGUGGUUGGAAGAGGGCAUCUCCCCAUAAGAAAUCUAUUUAAAAUAUAAUCAAUUUACUACUCACUGCUCAUUAAACUAGAAACCAGUGCUUUGCCUGAUGUCAUUUUUAUCAAUUUGUACUGAAAUGAGGAAAAUAUAUAAAACGUGGAUGAAUGAAUUGUAAAAUUAUUUAAUGGAACUUGUUUUAAUGUUCAUAAGUUAGAAAUUUAUAAAAAGUUUGCAGCCUUAUAUUAGUCCAUUAAACUUUUUUUUUUUUCA